UUCCACUACGGUUUCUUCCUAUGCAUGUUGUGUCUGACACGGGCCGAGCACGACGAGCUGAAUGUGAGGCGCAUUAUGAAGGAAAUGGAAGUAAUACCCGAUGUGAUCAAGGAGCCGCCCAAGGAGCUCUUAAAGAUGCGAUUUGAGAAUGAUCUGGAAAUAGUCGAGGGAAAAGUUUAUACGCCAGCCGAGUUGAAAUUUCAGCCGAAACUCGAAUGGAAUGCGGAUGCCCAAUCGUAUUAUACCAUUGUAAUGCUAAGUCCCGAUGCUCCAAGUCGUGAGAAUCCCAUGUAUCGCUCCUGGCUCCAUUGGCUGGUCGUCAACGUGCCCGGCAAAGAUGUGGCCAAGGGUCAACUUAUUUCCGAAUACUAUGGUCCCUUGCCGCUUAAAGACAGCGGCCUUUGUCGCUAUGUCGCUCUCGUGUAUCAGCAAUCGGAUAAAUUGAAUUUUGAGGAAAAGCAAAUGGAUCUGAAAAGUGCCGAAGAUCAUAGCAAUUUCGAUGUGCAGAAAUUUACGCAGAAAUACGUUAUGAACGAUCCACUGGCUGGCAAUGUUUUCCAAUCCAAAUGGGAUGAUUCUGUGCCGGAACUCAUGAAAAUGUUGUACGACGUGAGUGAGUGAAGGGAACGACAGUGAUGAGGCUCUAACAUGAAUAAUUUCUUAAAGUUUUGGUUAUGGGUUCCUAUAAAUAUAGCUUAUAAAUAUUCAACUUUUCAUUUACUUGAAUUUUAAUUAAUCAUAUAUUAAAAAAAUUAUUU